AUGAACCUCAGAAUAUCCAAAAUGGCCUAUACGCUAGUGGACUCCUUUGUUGCUGACGGGCUUUUCCAGCAGAGAAUCAAGCUCGAUGUUCCGCUCGACUACGCGUCGCCCGGCAAAUCCAUUUCCAUUGUCGCCAACAUUGUGCAAAAACACUCAAAGAUCGGCGACAAUGCCAACAUCAACAAUACCAACAACAACGGCUCCAACAACAACAACUCCAACAAACAGAGUGUGGUGCUCCCACCCAACGUCCGCCCGCUCGCGUACUUACAAGGCGGCCCCGGGUUUUCGUGUCCCAUUCCGUCGAAUGACGCCUCCACCAAAAUCUUCCUCGACAAGGGCUACACGCUUAUUUUCUACGACCAGCGGGGAACGGGGCUCAGCAGCCCCAUCGAGGCCUACUUUCUUGCGUCCAUGUCGCCGCAGGACGCAGAACAAUACCUCUUGCACUUUCGGGCAGACAAUAUCGUGCGGGACAUGGAAGAGGUGAGACGGGCGCUUUUCGGCUCGCAGCCGUGGGCGCUUAUCGGCCAGAGCUACGGCGGCUUCUGCUGCUUCACCUACUUGUCGCUUUUUGCAGCGCUGGUGUCCCACGUGCUCGUGACCGGCGGCGUUCCGCCAAUUGGGAAAACCCCGGACGACGUUUAUCGCCAGACCUACAAACGCACAGCAGAGCGCAACGCCCACUACUACAACAAGUACCCGCAGGAUGUGGCGCGUGUGCGGGCCAUUGUGGCGUACUUGCGCCAGAACAGAGUGGUUUUGCCCAACGGCGGAAUCUUGUCUGUCGAGCGUUUCCAACUGUUGGGUCUCCGCAUGGGCGCCCACAAGGGAACAGACGGGCUCCACGUGCUUGUUACCGAGCUCUGGUAUGCGAUAGAGACCGCUGGCGCCCCAACGUAUGCGUCUUUGAACGCAAUCCAGAACGACAUGUCCUUUGACACAAAUAUCAUCUACGCUUUGUUCCAGGAGGCCAUUUACUGUGAGCAAGGGACGGCAUCGCGGUGGGCGGCGGACAGAAUGCGCUACGAGCCUGAAAACACUCGUUUUGUCGUUUCUGACGAGCUUCUCCGGUCCUCGGAACCGGUAUACUUCACAGGCGAAAUGGUGUACCGUCUGAUGUUCGACGAUUACACGGAGCUUCGAAAGGUCAAGGAGUUGGCGCUUCUUUUGCACGAGCGCAAGGACUGGGCCCCAUUGUACAACCCGGCUGUGUUGCGCUCGCUCACCUGGAACGACGUUCCAAUCGUUUCUGCUACUUACUACCAUGACCAGUAUGUUGAUUUCGACUUGACAAUGGCCGUGAAACGGACGCUUUUCGCCGACCGCAACUUGCGCCAGUACAUCACCAGCGACACCUUCCAUAACGGGCUCCGGGCACAUGCUGAACAGGUGUUGGAAUCGUUGUUCUCGCUUCUUGAAUGCGAUGUGGAUUAG